CAAUGCUGUUCGUGGCGGUGCCUAUAGCGCUCGGCGGAGGCCCAGACAUGUUCAACUGUGCUGAAUGCAUCGAGAACCAGGUCGGGCAUCACAAUGGAUAUAGCUGCCCACCUGGCAAGAGCAUGAAUGGGAUCCCAUACUGCCAGGACACCCUCACAUGGGACAAGAAGGCCCCCGUCGUCGCUUUCUUGUAGUGAUUCCUUAUGUAUGUGCCAAGUACACAUGUGUCAUGUGUCAUG